AAUACAUACAGGAAGUAUAUAUACACCGUCCUCCUGGAGUGCCCGCCCCUCUCCGCCGCUGCCGUGACCCUUACCGGGAAGGAGGCCGUAGUCGGCUAGGCACUUCCGGGUUAGUAGUGUGUACGUUCAAUGGGCUCCAUUAAUAUGGUCGUCCCUGGGUGUAGGCGCUGUAUACCAGUGUGAGCGGGGUGUGGUCCCGGCCCGGCGGGGUGUAUGGCGUCCGUGUCCCAGCUGCUGGUCUGGCUCUCCCAGUCUGCGGCUGUGCGCUCCUAUGAGGUCUUCUCUAAGGGCCUGACCCGCACCCUGCUCAUCUUCUUCGACCUGGCCUGGAGGCUGCGGAUCAAGUUCCCCUAUCUGUAUGUGAUCGCCUCCAUGAUGCUGAACAUCAGGCUGCAGGUCCACAUUGAAAUCCACUAGCUGCACAUAAGAGCUUACUAUGGAUGGGUUAUGGUCUUUAAGGGGUGAAGACACCAGCACCACAGGUUAUCAAGGAGCAAAUCCCCUGCCACAAGAUUUGAGACGUGACGCUGUAGAAAUCCCUGCCAUGCAGAAAUCAUUGGGAUAUGUUUCUGCCAGUUUACAUGAAGGAGUUAUUCAUCUGACUCUCAGGAAAGGUGGCGCUCCUGUGAUGUCUGAUAAUAGCAGCUGUUAUUCCUUAUGGACACAACCAGUUUUAUCCCGGGCAGUUUUAGAGAACUUUUAUUUCUUAUUUGUAGGUCUAUUUUCAUGGCUGGUUCCUGAGUACAAGGAGAAGCUUCUGAGCAUGCCCGGAAAGCUACCAGUCCUACAGCAGAUAACUAUGUAUUUUAUUUUUAGUUCGGGGGGCUGGUAUAGGCCUUCAGGAUGGGCAUCUUAGGCUUGGUUCACACCACAUUUUUGCAAUACAUUUCUCGUAUAAGUUUUCAAUUUGAAAACUGUAAGGAACCGUAUUGAAAAUCCUAUAAUCCCCCUGUACCCAAAACAGUAAACUACCAGUUUUUUGGUCCGGGUGAAAAGCCGUAUUGAAGCUUUUUUUUAUUAUUUUUAUUUUUUUUAACAUGGGAGUCAAUGGGAAGCAUACAGAAUGGUAUAUGCAUACAGUUUUUGACUUUGCACAGGUUUUUCUUAGAUUUCCAAUCAAACAAGUGAAAUUUUAUUCAUAAUGGAGUGAAAAGUUAACAUACAUUUUUUUUCUCUUAAAUGGAUGCAACCAGACAUCAUUUUUCAAACCUUAUGGAUUAAUUUUUACACACAUUUUGUUAAAGAUUCCUCAAAACCUGACUAAUCAAAAACCUGAUACGGGAACUGUAUUACAAAAACGUGGUGUGAACCCAGCCUUACAUGUGUUUAUUUAGCGACCCUCCGAGAAUAUGUUACACUUUAUCCCAUAUCUUAGGACUAUAGCAAAAACAACAACUUAGUGCCAAUCCAGGUUUUAUUUUAAUUAUGGAUUUUUAUUUUAUCGUGUGGCAUGUUAGCAAAAGUAGAUGAAAAUGAGUGUUCGUCCAAUGAUGUUUUUUUAACUUUUCGUGCAUGUAAACGUUAAACAUUUUGGCGGUGAAAUGCCAGGGGUAAUCUUUUUAUAAUUUUAUACCAAGUAUGGUCUGAAUGUUAAAGAUCACUGGCCACAAACUCAUUGGGGGCAUCACUGAAGUUUUUUAUUUUUAUUUAAAGGAAUCCUCCAUUAUAGCUGCUUGUAGACCAGCAAUAACUGAGGUCGCCAGUGAGUCUUAUACCAGAAUGUCUUUACCUGUAUAGGUUAUGUUGCUGCUUCAGUCCUAUACUAGUGUAACUCCAGCUGUUGCUGAACUACAACUCCCUUUGGCUGUCCAGGCAGGCAUGUUUGGAGUUGUAGUUUUAAAACUAGAGGCACACUGGUUGCGAAACACUGCUUUUAAAGACUUUAUAGAGCAGUUCACUUUAAAUGUCUGGAAGCCCUAAUACUGGAGAACUCCUUUGUGAAUUGCGCUGGAAUUAAUACGUGGAAGAUACUGUAAUAGUAUAAGAGGUGACCCAUUGCAGUUGCCUUGUUCUCAGGUGACAGCCAAGUUGACUAUUGCCCUCACUUGGCAUUUUUAUGGAAAACCUGACAACUAUUCCUUUUAUGCUUUUUAAAUUGUAUAGAUGCGGAUCAUUUCUCACUGCCACCAGAUCCUGUUCAACUUGCAGAUGCGAAAGGUUUAGGAACUAUUGGCACAGUUCUAGUAAUACCUGUGUACAUGUUAAGCUAUGAAUGUCCCAAUGAACAGAGGAGAGGUGCCUUUUAUGGGGAAGAUGGAGGUAGCUUUAUAAACCAAUGUGCCUGACUUGGCGCCCUCUGUCAUGCAGUUAUGGACCUCGAGGGUUCCUUAAGGGUUACAGUUGUUGCUGCUGCUAUAAAUGUACAACAGCGAAGCGCAGUUACGGAAUCUUCUCAUGGGCAAAAAGUUUACACCAUCCAAUAAAUUGUCAUUUAAUAAAAUACAAGAAUGUGGGUUGGGUUUUGCUUUU